AUGGGCGAUCCUUUUGUGCGACCCGGCCUAACCUACCAGCCUCACAUUGAGCAGGCGCUGCUGAAGAAUGAAGGAACGCUCACACUCGAAUGCACCAAAGAUGACUGGUUGCGGUAUCAGCACCGUGACACAGCAGCUACGAUUAUUUUGCAUCGUGACCAUUUGGAAUAUCUUUCAAUAGUGGAGAAUGCAUCUCCUGUACGGGUAGAGCGCAUGCUACUCGAGCGGGCAGUGGACCCUACGCGGAAGAGGGAUUUGCAUAAUACUUGA